CACGUGAUGAUAUACCUCGUCCGCCUGUUAUUCCGGAAGCAGUAAAAGGUCGACCAUCAUUCGACGUGAAGGAUCCAAAGAGACGUAAAUUAGAAAGAGACUUGGAAGCUGAAGGAGGCGGUCCCGGCGUUUAUAGUAUCGACCUCAAGAAGAAAUACAUGUUAAAGAAUUCUGAUUGGAAAUAUGACGUAAUCCCCGAAAUUAUGGACGGCAAAAACGUAGCUGACUUCAUUGACCAGGACAUUGGAGAAAAAUUAGACGCUCUUGAACGAGAGGAAGAACGCCUGAUGAACGAAGGUUAUUACGAUUCUGAAGAAGAAAUGGUGGAUUCCGAAGAAGAAAGAAUAAAGAAAGUCGCCGAGGCCAUUAAGGAAAAGAAGAAAUUGAUUGUACAAGCCCAUAGAGCUAGUAAAAUGAUGAAAAAUCGACCUAGAAUGCCAAGAACUGUAAUAUCCAAGUCUAUUGAUGAGAUGGAAGAGAAAUUAGGCCAAUUGGGUCUGGAUGCGAGUGCGGUCCGCGCACGUAGCCAAACCAGAAAACGCAAACGUUCAGAGUCCGUUGGUGACGAAAUCGUUCGGAAAUCAUCAAGCGUCCCAAGAGCCAGUGAGGCACGUGAUCGUAGCGUCUCCGGAAUGCGAGAUAUCAAGCAAAAGAAUGAAAGUGAAAAACAAAAGAAGAUUGCACAACGGAAGCCAAAUCUGUUUGCCAAGGCCA